AUGUUUUCCUUAUUUUAUGGAUUAUGGAAAUACAUAUUCAAAAGAGAUGAGUUUUACGUGUUAAUUCUUGGUUUAGAUAAUGCUGGUAAAACUACUUUUCUGGAGCAGACUAAAAUUAAAUUUAAUCGUAAUUAUAAAGGUGUUAAUCUCAACAAGAUAACCACUACAGUUGGAUUAAAUAUCGGAAAAAUUGAGUACAAAGGUAUUGUAAUGAAUUUUUGGGAUCUUGGCGGACAACAUGAGCUUCAAUCUUUAUGGGAUAAGUAUUAUGCAGAAUCUCAUGGUAUAAUAUUUAUAAUUGAUUCAGCUGAUAUUGAAAGAAUUGAGGAAUCAAAGGCAGCAUUCGAAAAUAUGAUUACAAAUGAACAUCUUGUUGGUAUUCCAUUAUUAAUCGUAGCCAAUAAGCAGGAUAUUCUGGAAGCAUUGUCACUCGAUCGGAUUAAAUCAAUUUUCAAAUCAUCUGCUCCUCAAAUUGGGAAACGAGAUAUACAUUCAAUAUCUGUCUCUGCGUUAAAUAGUCAAGGCAUAACUGAAAGUAUUGAUUGGAUGACCAAUUGUAUAAAACGUAAUGUCCCGAGUAGACCCCCUAAUAACGCUGAAGAAUAGUUCGUGCCAUCGUAUCUAUUAGCCAACUAAGUGCAUUUAUUGCUGCUGGUUACUCAAGAUUGUGGUUCAUCCGUUGAGGAUUUGUGAAAAGACACUCAAGGAAAGAAUGUAAAGAAGAUAAAUUUCAUGGGUAUUCAAAGUUGAUGCCAAUAUUGAUAAUAGCUCAUUGUUUUUGAUUCGGGCCGAGGGAAGUUUAUCUGGACGAAGAUGAAUUUGUCAUCAUCUACUUUGACAUGAUUAUGGAAAAUGUUAAUGAAUGAAACUUUUGGAGUAUGCAAUAUUGCAGAUAAAGAUGGACCAAAUAAAUAUAGCCUCAACACUCGUAAAGUCCAUCUGAUCGACCUAAAUAUUAUCUCUGAAUCGAGAUAUUGAGCUCGCCAAAAAGUAGGAUCCAGUUGAUGGAUUGCUGAUUCUUUGGGAUUUCUGAAAUGAAUUUGGGAACAAUGAAAAGUGCGAAAGUGCGGAGACAAAAAUUGAGUGGUUAUUAUCCAUAAAGAUACUUUUAAAGAUAAUUUGAGGAUGUAAUCAACAAGUACAUAAUGGAUGUAAUAACUGAAAAAAGGGAAAAAUUCAGUUCUACUGAUAUUCUUGUCAUAAAUGUUGUUUUUGUUUCUUAUGGAAUAAAAUCGUUGGUUUAAUGUCUCAUCAA